AGAGAUUUGAUUGGCUAUGAGGUGACCAAUAGAAAGCUGUGAUCGGCAGUGUAAGCAGCGUUGCAGAAUGUUCGGAAAACUUCUUAUGUCGCUUUUUCUCGUUAUUAUUUUUUACCAUGACCCUGCAGACGCACAGAAGAAAAAAGAGACUCUGCUGUCAGAGAAGUUGACUCAGAUGAUGGAGUGGGCCUCAAAGCGUUCAGUUAUCAGGAUGAACGCAGAUAAGUUUCGUCGCUUUGUCAAGGCUCCUCCCAGAAACUACUCGGUUGUCAUCAUGUUUACGGCACUGCAGCCACAGAGACAGUGUGGGGUCUGCAGACAAGCUGAUGAGGAGUUCCAGGUGCUGGCUAACUCCUGGCGUUAUUCCUCUGCCUUUACUAACAAAGUCUUCUUUGCAUCUGUUGAUUUUGAUGAAGGAUCUGAUGUCUUUCAGAUGCUUAGUAUGAAUUCUGCGCCGACAUUUCUCCACUUCCCACCCAAAGGAAAACCUCGCAGGUCUGAUACCUACGAGCUGCAGGUUAGAGGCUUUGCAGCAGAGCAGCUGGCUAGAUGGGUGGCAGACAGAACAGAUGUACAGAUCCGUGUCAUUCGUCCUCCAAACUAUGCAGGGCCACUCCUGUUGGGUUUCCUCCUGGCUGUUAUUGGAGGACUGGCAUAUCUGCGAAGACACAAUUUGGAGUUUCUCUUUAACAAGAAUGUCUGGGCCUUCUCUGCACUGUGCUUUGUCCUGAUUAUGACUUCAGGCCAGAUGUGGAACCACAUUCGAGGACCACCUUAUGCACACAAGAACCCCAGCACCGGACAAGUUAGUUACAUCCAUGGCAGCAGUCAGGCCCAGUUUGUGGCUGAGACACACAUUGUCCUACUCUUCAAUGCUGCUGUUACCAUGGGAAUGGUGCUGCUGUGUGAGGCCGCUACCUCUGACAUUGACAUUGGAAAGAGAAAAAUUAUGUGUGUAGCAGGUUUGGUCUGGUGAUGCUGUUCUUUAGCUGCUGCUCUCCAUUUUCAGAGCAAAGUACCAUGGAUACCCAUACAGCUUCCUGAUGUUAGAGCUGACCCCACCAAAUCCACAGCAGUAUCAACAGGAAAUUCCCCAAGUGCUGUCAACAAGAAGGUGCUGUCCAAGACAAUGCCACAUUUCUGUUAAGGGGCUGUCUGCUAAGCCAUGGCUUGUCUUCUAAUCUGUUCACUUUUGUUGAGCCAAAAGUGUUUGCCCACACACACACACACACACACACACACACCACACACACACACACCACACACACACACACACACACACACAACACUGUGCCUUUAUAAAGACUUAGCA